GAGAGGCGGAGGAGAGAGUAAGAGGGAAAACCAGGAGAUAGUAUUAAAACCCACGACCAUGGGGUCUUGUAUGUACAGUGGUGAUACGACUUAAGCCCAGUUUUUCUCGUCUUCAUUCUUCAAAGGACAAGUAUCGGUCUCUUUUUCCGGCUGUAUGUAACAACAUGACAGGCGUUUGUAACGAAUGCUCCCGUUUUCCUUACAUCUCAAUUCGUUCGCGGAAGAUUCAUCAGUGGGGCUCGGCAGCGCUGCUUGUCUCUCAUUUGAACCGUUCGGUCUAAUGGGAGUCGUAUAGCUUCAUUAUUAACACUGACGGUGGUGGUGAAUGGCAAAUAAUGCGUCUAAUCCAGUUUUUCCAAGACCAUUGUUUUGUGCAUUGUGAGCUUGAUCGACUCUGCUGUGUCGUUACGUGUUGAGAGGAGGGAGGAUCUUCCCCAUCAUUGUUGAAUCACGCUUUGGGCUUAACGCUUCGGUCUUCCGUUAUUUGGAAACCAUUUGGAUGUGAUACUAAAUAAAGCCAGAAACCUGGACCUGGACCUGGGGAGACAGUGGGCCUAGGGAGACAGUGCAGACCUUUGUGUAAUUUGUAUAAAAACAUUUUUAUCUCCAUAUUUUAGAGACCCCGGAGUGUGCAUAUCAAAAGCGUAGCUGAGGGACCAUUGAAGAAGAAAGGGGGGAGACGAGGAGAUUACGAGGUAACGCCAGGGGUGGGGAAAAUGCUGCCUUCGCAAGAAGCCUCCAAGAUUUACCAUGACAACUACAUGCGGAAUUCGCGGGCCAUUGGGGUUCUGUGGGCUAUUUUCACCAUAUGUUUGGCCAUUAUUAACGUGGUGGUGUUCAUUCAGCCCUACUGGAUUGGGGACAGCGUGAACACCCCACACGCCGGCUACUUCGGUUUGUUCCACUACUGCGUGGGCACUGGGAACUCCAACCGGGAGCUCACCUGCCAAGGAACCUUCGCCGAAUUCAGCAGCAUCCCUUCGAGCGCAUUUAAAGCGGCAACCUUCUUCGUGUUGCUGUCCAUGGUGCUGAUCUUGGGAUGCAUCGCCUGCUUCAUCCUCUUCUUCUUCUGCAACACCGCCACUGUCUACAAGACCUGCGCUUGGAUGCAGCUGCUAUGUGCCGUGUGUUUGAUCCUGGGCUGUAUGAUCUUUCCGGAUGGCUGGGACUCGGAAGUGGUGCGCGACAUGUGUGGCGAGGAGACAGGGAAGUACACGCUGGGGAACUGCUCGGUGCGCUGGGCCUACAUGCUGGCUAUCGUUGGCAUCAUGGACGCCCUCAUCCUCUCCUUCCUGGCCUUCGUGCUGGGCAACCGGCAGAACGACUUCCAGCUGGAGGAGCAGCUUAAAGCAGAACAAAAAGAUUUUGCAGUGUCCAGGAUUGAAAUCCGGGAGACCAAGGAUCCACGAUAUGGAGUCCAACGGUUCCACUGAGCACCCCCCCCCAACAGAUUCAGACCCUCCUCUUCAUCUCCUCUGCUCAUUCGCCCCCAAAGACCAUAGCUCUUCAGGUCUAACAACUGAUCUCAGAGUGGAGCUGUCUGUAAAAUAGAACAGAAAUGGAAGAUAUUCAAAAAGAGAAACAAUUUGAAGAGAAAUUAUAAAAAGGAAUAUGAUCAGCUUUAUAAAACUCUGGGGGGGAAAAAUUGAUAUACAGUAUUAAUUAAUUAUUACAUAAUAUUACUAUAACAAAGGUAAUGAAGUUAAUGAUGAUGCUUGCAGCAGGCAUAUUCUAUGAAAAUCUACAUAUUUUUAUUCAGAAUGGAAAAUGAGUCAUUUCCAGCUUUAAAAAUAACCAUUUAAGAAGUGCAUUAGCACAAGUGGGUGCUACUUCUGAGAUAUCUAAUAAAAGAAGACAAAAAAGGAAGAAAAAAACACAAACAAGAAUUUUGUACAGCGACAGUAAUUUUGAAGACCAUCUUUUUUUCUGACAGAUUUUCAACUUCCCCCUUUUUGUAACAUGAGGUCUGGUCCCAGGAAAUACAAAAGAAAAAGACAUGUAAAUAAGGUGUUUCUAUGGAAACGGGGUAGAAAUAGCAUUUAUUACCCCAUAAUUAUCAUCCCUUGAAACCCUUCGGAAUAG